GCAACCGGUUGGGCGGGGGAAGCGGGUGCGGAGGCGGGAGGGCGGGUGCCGGCGCCCCGGGAGCGGGGCAGAGCCGCGUAGGGGUGAAGCGUUCGGGUUGGCGGCGGUGAGGAAGUUACCGGGAGCGAGGAGGGGCCUGGGAGCGCGAAGCGUUUGCGAGCUGGAGGAAAGCCAGCGCUCUCUCUCUAGCCCAGAGGGGUGCGCCUGGACAGUGGGAGAUUUCCACCGAUUACCGUUGCAUCAUGUUUGCUUCUUCUCUUUCAUGUCUGCGUUUUCUAUUUAAGUUGGCAGUGCUUCCAGAGAAGACCCUCUGUACACACUGUCAAGUGAGAAGGACCACUCAAAGUCAAAUAUCCAUGUUCAACUUGUCGGUGAUAAAGUGAGAGACACACACGUGGAGCUGAAAACGUUGCCUGUUAUCAUAGAGAUCCUUGCAACAGUAUGGCUGUGUGAACAGUUCGGGCCAAACAAAGUAAAGGCACCAAUGUUCAGAAGUAUGUUUAGUAGCUUGAUCCAUUUCCCAGGCUACAGUCUGUGCUUGGAGGGCAAAGAUCCAGUGCCUCCAUUUAUUGACCAAAGAUGGAGAGGGAGGGCUCAGCAGCGCCUGGAGGCUCUUCAGCAGCUUGCUGUAACUCAGUCUUCUCUUCAAAUACCUCAAAUUGUGUAUGAAGAUCCUGAAGUUAGUGGAAGGAAUCGCUACAAAUAUUUUGCACGACCUCUCAUCCCUUCUAAUAAGCUGCUUCCACUAAAUCUUGCCUACACAAUGGCAAAGACAGAGCUCUGUGUCCAUUCAGCUACAAGAGACAGCGAGGUCUUUGGUCCCAAGUUACGAACUUUGGGCACACAGACAGAUUACAGGGAUGGAGAAGCCCAGACAGAUCCCUAUUCCCCUGAAUAUGUAGUUCCCAGUGGCUCAGUACCUGAACUUCUGACACUUGCUACGCUCACUUGGGGUCGGGGGCUACCAGCAGGACUUGCCGAGGUGGAGAUGAUUGAACGUGCCCGGGAAAAACGUGCAUGGGAAGCAACUCUUCCAGCAAUGGACAGUGCCUCACAAAUUGCAAAGAGGAGGAAAAUGAUGGAUGAUAUGGAGAGGAAGGAGUGGGCCUUUAGAGAACAGGAAAUAGAAAAGUUGCAGGAAGUUCGACUGGAAGUCUUAAAGAAGCUGCUGCGAAGGCGAGAGGAGAAUCAGAAUGAGCUGGAUGCCAAGCGCUUGGAUGACCACUGGCAAAAUCAUCAGAAGGCUAAAGAAGAGAAAAUUAAAAAGAUUCAGCAUGACUGUGCACUGAUGCUCAGGAAACUGAUAUCUAAGAGGAAUAAUAUGAUGGGGAAGCUGGAGAGACGAGAUCUCAUCAAAGAGUAUACAGACUUUGCCUCACAAACAUACGCUCCUUUGUCUAGAAUUGGUUAUUUCCCAGACAACCAUUCUGAACGCUAUGUGGUAAAAAGCUUGUAUCUUAACACUUUCGCAGGACUGUGUGAAUUGGAAGCAUCUCUCCCAGAUUCUGUUACUCAGGUCAAGAUUAAAGCUCCAGAACCUAAGUACACUACCACUAAGACUGGAUUUAUUAAAAGAUCAGCAAGGCUAGAGGUGGAGCUGGCACAAGUUCACCAGGCACUACUGGAGAAGAAGAAUAAAGUCAAGGAACCAAAGAAGCCCCUCCGUUUCCUUGAAAAAGUAGAAAAGCCUGUUCCUCGGCCACCCACUCCAAUCCUGGAAAAACCAUCCAUUGAGGAAGAGGAAACAGAACUGGCAGUGAUCUGUCUGCAGAAGUUGCUCCGCGGCAGGGCUAUUCAGAACAUGAUGUUUGAGGGGAAGGAGAAGCGGCUGGACCUGAUCCAAGAGCUGCGCACCACUCAUGCACUCCAGGAGGAUGGACAGCUGCUCUUGAAGGCAGAGGAGCAGAUGACACAGGCUCUACAGCAGCAGCAUGACUUGCAAAUGCACAAGCUGUCAUCAGUGGAAAACCACUUGGCCAGGGAAGAAGGAAGGACACUGGCGAACACACUUGAUUUCCUGUCCAAAGAACUGGUGAGGCUGCAAGAAGAGCGGAAGAUCCACGCUUUUGUCAUGCUGGCUGAGAGGCAGAGGCGGAUGCGGGAAGCGGAGGAGAGCGGACGCCGUCAGGUGGAGGAGAGGCGGCAGCGGGAAGAAGAUGAGAUUUUCAGACAGGUGGUGAAGGUGCACCAGAGCACUAUUGACUCCUACUUGGAAGACAUUAUCCUGAGCAGCAUGGAGGACACAGCUGAAGAACAAGCCAGGGAAGAGAUUCAGAGGAUGGCUGUAGAAAUCAAUGACGUUGCUUACGAAAUGGAAAGUCGUCGAACUCGCCUACAGUCAGAAGAGAUUGUAGCAGAGCUGGUUUAUGAUUUCCUGAUUCCAGAAGCUGAGAAAAUGUCUAUCAGAGACAAAGUGAGGCAGUCCCAAAGAAAACACAUCUCUGCUGCUCAUCAGAUCAUCCACAGAGGCACAGAGAGGGUAAUGGCUGAUCUGGCACUACAUCGGGAGCCAUCUGCCAGCAGGAUGGAGGGAGACCCUCCCGCUGGGACAGCCAGCGCCGCUGUGAGUGGGGCAGCUGACAGCAUUUGCUCUGCCCCAGCUGCACACGAACGAUCUGAACUUCUGUGCAAAGGAAGCCCAGGAGAGACAGCAGUGAAGCCUUCUGACGGAUCAGACAAGGAUCCCACAGCCUCCUAGAGACAGAAGAUGAGCCAGGGCCCCCAGCGUGGAAAAUGCUCACUGUCUCUUGGGCUGUCCCUCCUGCCUGCCAGCAGUGUUGUUUUCCCGGAACCACUCUGUGUGCAUUUUGGUGUGGCAGCCCCCAUCCAGCGCCUUCCACCUCCUCCCCAACCAGCUUUGAACCUCAUUAGCUAAUUUUCCUCUUCUGCUUAUUAAAAGAAGCGUGAGUGAGAAAGAAGUGUUAGCAUUCCUUGUUCAUUUUCCUGGCACAGGCCAAUAAAGAUCUGCACCUGGACUUUAGAUGGUGUUUCCUUGCAUUAAUGACAUUAAUUGAAAAAAAUAUUCCAGCAGUGGCAAAUUUUGAGUUGAGACCGUACACGGAGUCUUUUCUCAUGCACAUCCCACUGAUUUCCUUCGUAAAGCAAAGUGGAGUGCCUUCCUACAGUGGCACUGCUGUUAAUAAAGCGUUGAAGUUGACUGAAAA